AUGGCUUCCUUUAACAUCCUCGCCAUCUCUCUCCAUCUUCUUUCUGUCCUCCUCUUAUCAAAAACCCAACUUUCUCUCGCCCUAACCACCUCAGACAUCCAUGAUCUUCUCUCUCAAUAUGGCCUGCCACGUGGCUUACUUCCAGACAACGUAGAAUCCUACACACUCCAAUCAUCUGAUGGGUCUUUUGAAGUCUCACUUAAGACCCCAUGUUAUGUUCACUUUGACGAAGUUGUGUACUAUGAUAAAGAGAUCAAAGGGAAGUUGAGUUAUGGGUCUGUGCAUGAUGUGUCAGGGAUUCAAGCAAAGAAGCUUUUUGUUUGGUUGCCAGUUACUGGGAUUGAAGUUAGUAAGGCUGAUGCUGGUAUGGUUAAGUUCUUUGUAGGUCCUGUUUCUGAGGAGUUGCCUGCUCAGCAGUUUGAGGAUGUUCCUGCUUGUAAGAGGAAGGUUGGUGGGCUAAGGACAGAUUUGGAGUCCAUGGUGGAUGGUUCAGAGAUUUUGAUUUUUCAUAUGAAGGAUGUGAUAUGGACUAUUCAUCCUGGUUUGAGUUUGAAGCAUUUGCCCUUCUUAGUGGCAAGAGUUUUUGGUGAGAGUGAACGAAAUGGUAUAGAAGAAUCAAUUCCUUCCACUAUAGAGCAGAGGUGGGAGCAGACCAAAUCUUCUCAUGUUUUGCCUGCUCACUUUGAAGUUCUCCAGCUUAAUCUAUAUCUUUGA